UAGAGUCAGUCAGUCAGUCGGGGGAAGGCGAGUCUGCCUGCAAGCGCUUCUCUCAGUGUGGAUCCACCAUACACACACAUACACGCUCACACGGACCUUUACGCACAAUUAUUGUUAAUUACGGAUCCCUUUUCGGUCUUCUGAGAGUCUGUUUUUCCACAAUGGGCGACAAAAAGAGCCCGACCAGGCCAAAAAGACAAGCCAAACCGACAGCGGACAACGGAUUUUGGGACUGUAGCGUGUGCACUUUCAGAAACAGUGCCGAAGCCUUCAAAUGCAGCAUCUGUGAUGUACGGAAGGGCACGUCUACCAGGAAACCCCGGAUAAACUCCCAGCUGGUGGCACAGCAGGUGGCUCAGCAAUACGCCACCCCUCCUCCGCCAAAGAAAGAAAAGAAGGAGAAGCCUGAGAGGCCUGAGAAAGAUCGGGCUGAGGAAGAGCGUCCCGACAUAAAUCCACCCGAUGAACACCCCGUUGAACAGAAGGACAAGGAUAAGAGUGAGGAGCAGCAGCCCGAAAAAGAGAAGAAGGACAGGGAGAAAGAAAUCACCCCAGCCAUCACCAAGAAACCCAACAGCAAGAAGAACAGGCCCAAGUCAGACAUCCAUCAAAGCCCACCCAGUGAACGAAACAGCAUACAGUCUGGCAAAUCCACAACCAAGAUCAAGAACUCCCACAACUCCAGGCCCAAGCUGAAGAACAUUGACAGGAGCACAGCCCAACAGCUGGCCAUCACAGUGGGGAACGUCACAGUGAUCAUAACAGACUUUAAGGAGAAGACCCGCACCUCCUCCACCUCCUCCUCCACAGUGACCUCCAGCGCCAGCUCUGAACAGCAGCACCAGAGCUCCGGCUCAGAGAGCAUGGACAAGGGCUCAUCCCGUGCGUCGACCCCAAAGGGAGACCUCUCGCUUGGGCAUGACGAGUCGUUCUGAGCUCUGUCCAUACAGCAGGGAUGUACUUUGCCCCUAUUUCGCCCCUCGCCUUGCCCUGAGCCAACUCGUAUUCCUUUCUAUGACUGAAAGAGGAACGUUUCAUUUCUGUGAAUGGUUGGACCAUGGCUUUGGGUCAUUGAACAAACUGUCCCUCCUUUCCCUUACCGGAGACAUCCCACUCUUCUUGUAUGUAUUGUUUUAUAUUUGUACGUGGAUGUGCAGCUGAAUCAACUCAACUUUUUUUUUUGUAAAAAAAUUCUAUAUAUGUAAACGUCCGCUGUGCACAAUAACCACCAACUAUUCUGGACCAUUCUUGCUCUUAUUUAUUAUGCUUCAACUUUUAGAGAUUCUGUUUUUCUCUCUCUUGAAUUUUCACUCGACUGAAGUAGCUCCUACUGAUGGCUCCCCUUUAGUGUUGAACCAAUUUUGCCGAAGAUUCCUGAGAAACUUCCCACAAUGGUGCUAGAUUCACUGUGAAUUGGUUUCAGUCCUCAGACUGACGUUCACACCAUUGAAACAGAUCCCUCUGCUUUUGAAAACAAUGGAAAUAUCUGUGUCCUGGUUUCAAGACUACAUUCUUCAGUCGCUUUGUUUUGGGAUUUCAUUUCUUUUUUUGUCCAUUUUACAAGACUUAUCAGAGCAUAUGUGCACUGGGGGGUCCCAACGUCUGCUUUUGUCAGUGAACCAAUCGGAUACAUCCGUUGUGCAAUGGAGAAGACAGCUGGGAUUGACAAACCUGCAAGGAAACAUUGCGAGCAACAUGUGAGCUUUGGAUUUGAACAUCCGGAACCGAGCUUUCUUAACGCUCACCUGACUUAACUCGCGAAAUGUAUUGGAAACUUUUUCUUCGACAGCUUUUUGUUGUCCUUCAUGGUCUACAUACAGUGUGAUGUAUUGUAAAAACACUACAAGGGUCUGGACGUCUCAAAGGUCUGUAGACCUUUACUGUUGAAGAACUACUUUUGCCUUUUCUAGUCAUUUUUGAUUGAAAGAGACUAUUUUAAUGUUAGGGCUUUUACUUAGCCUCGUUUUAAUCUGAAGACAAACUCUUUUUCUUUUCCCCAUAUUAUUUUUAAAUGAUCAGAGCAGAUUUACUAAAACAAGACCCGUCAAUAAAAAUCAAACUUGAGUUGAAUGCAUAUGAACUCUCUCGCAAGCAUUCACUACUAACAUUUCCCCAUGUGUUUACUUCGGUGUCAACCAAAAAAAAUAACGACGCAAGCAUGAUUUCACGCAAUAUUCCCACUAUUAAAACUCAAGAUGUCUAGCUGACGCUCUCACAGUUCUAAAAGUCAGCCUAUCUUCCCUUUUGAACUGUAUUAAACUUGUACAAAGUAUGUGUAUAUGAUAUGAGUUUUAUUUAUUGAAGGACCAAAGGAAUUUGAUAUUGAUGACAUGCUAGGCAAAUGAAUAAGUCAAAAUGUAAUUACCAUAUGUGUGAUAUGACAUUUUAAUAAAGUCUAAUAUAAUCCAUUUCUAAUGUGUACUUCUUGUCCUCUUGAUAUAUGCAGAAGAUACUUGUAAAUUCAUAGACAUUCGAAUCCGACCUGUAAAAGCGUUUAACACACAGAUUCUGUUAGCAGUCCAGCGUUUUCAUUCUGGUGUUACAGUGAAGUCCCAUCAAGCUGUUUUUCCCCUCCUUUUAAUAUAUGUUUUGAUAUGAAGUGAUAAAUGGACAUGUUGAUCCACUGGCAACUUUGAUGCUCUGCUUCUGUUAACAACCAUUCAAAUUAGACUGGAGUGUGAGGAUUAAUAAGCGUCAUGUAUAAAUGAAGGCUUUCGCUGGGUUGUUUUAAAACCGUAACCGUGUGUCUUGUUUAUGUAUUUGUGAUGUUAACCAACCAAACCGGUAUUGAUUGUUGGAUACGAAGCAUUUAAGUUGUAUUGCUAUUGAUUUUGCUUUCUGACCCAGUUUAGAUCAGUGCAAUUCAAUAUAGACACUAUUUGUAAAAAUCAUUUCUUUCACUCAGAAGUAUGCAACGCAAUGACUAGAAUGGGGGAUGUUUGACCAAUCACAGAUCAAUGGGGUUUUAAUUAUUCUCGUUAAGACUUUACUGCAUUUUAACCCCUGCGAAGUCGUUGAAUUUACAAUGUAUAGCUUAACACAUUUCGUAAAAUGUAUGACUAUAGCCAUUUUUUUCACUUGCCUUAUCCACUGUCAGAAAUGCUAAUCUGAAUUUUGUAAAAUUGUAAAGGAUACAAAAAUAACGAUGACUUGUAUUUUAAUUUAUUUAAAUUUGACGGGGAAUAAAACAACUGAUGAAUUUAAACUGUGCUUAUGUAUGUCUCGAAACGGUGCAAAAGCCAACAUAAUAGGCUAUGAAUGGCAAUGGAGCUAAAUGUUUUCUUUUUACGCGCAAGCAGUUCUGUUCUUGUGUACGACCAGUAACCUUAAUUUACUGUGUAAAGAUGGUUACACUUUUUUUUUGGUUUUGUUUUUUAGCUUUGUUUGUCAAAACCCAAAUAUAGAAUGCUUGUUUACAUAUGCAAUAGCGUUAACCUUGUGUGAUUUGAGUGUACCUGUAUAGUCCCAGAUCCUUUCAUUUUGUCUUGUACAAAAUGCUUUCUUUUGCAAAUUUCCUUUUUAAUUUUGUCAGUAAGAGUUCUCUUGUUUUCGUUUUCUUGCUAGUUGCUGUUAUUGGUCAAUUUAGUGUGGAGCUCAAUAAUUUCACUUGUACAUUCUGCUGCCCUCUUAUUUUAUUCUUUUAAACAUUGAUCUGCUCCUUGUCUAUAGCUGAAACGAUGCUAACAUUCAACAGACUUCUGGCAUGUGCACGACUUUUUUUGCUUUUAGAGGCUUCUUUAUCAUUUCCUUUGCUUCCAGUAGAAAUGUCUAUUGAUGCAUUUUGCUUGUGUUCUUUUCCACAAAUAAAAUGUUGGAUUUAUGUAA